AGCAACAAUGUAACACUCAUAACCACGGCAGGCCGCUGAUAGCUAGUAUUGUACUCUCUUCUGCCAAUAUUUUGCAUCACACUGUAUCAUCCUCACCAUCACGUCAACAGCCUCUGCCAACACAAUGGCAACCGUCAAGCCCCAAACCACGCCUCCAAGCACCUCCCACGUCCUCCUCUCCUAUCCCGCCAACCAUGUCCUCCUCGUGACCAUCAAUCGUGAAAAGCAAAUGAACAGCAUCCCCUUCGCUGGGCACCGCGAAAUGGGGCUUGUGUUCGACUGGUUCGACAAGGAACCCAACCUGCGUGUAGCUAUCAUCACAGGCGCGGGUAAGAGGAGCUUCUGCGCCGGCCAGGAUCUGAUCGAACUGGGCAAGAUUAGGUCGGGGGUGAUCAAGGCGGAGCCUGGCUCGUUUGGACACCCUGCGAGUGGUUUUGCGGGACUGAGUAGGAGGGCGGGGAAGAAACCGGUCAUUGCUGCUGUGAAUGGGUUUGCGCUUGGAGGGGGGUUUGAGAUUGUGUUGGGAUGCGACUUGGUUGUAGCAGCACCACACGCUACAUUUGGCCUGCCUGAAGCCCUUCGCGGUAUCUUCGCUGCAGCCGGUGGCCCAUCACGACUGGUCCGCAAUGUUGGAAUGCCCAUUGCAUCUGAGAUAGCAUUGACCGGUAAACCGAUCACGGCACAGCGCGCCAAAGAGUUGAACCUGAUCAACCGGAUAUCGCCGUCAGCAGAGACGGUAAUUGAUGACGCUGUGAAGCUGGCGAACGAGAUUGCAGCUCUGUCUCCAGAUGCAGCAAUUGUGACGAGAGCUGCGUUGAGGGACUCAUGGGAACAUGCCAGCGUAGAGAGAGCUACACAGCUAACGUCCGAACGGUACAACGAGGCACUGCAGUCCGGCGAGAAUGCAGUCGAGGGUUUAACGGCUUUUGCAGAGAAGAGGCAACCUAAGUGGAAGCCUUCGAAGUUGUAGAACGGAUGAACACAUAGCACUCUGUGAAAAUCGUAUGCAUCACCUCAACCUCACAAUUCAAUCCAUCUUGAGUUGCGACC